GUGUCGUGAUGGCCAAGCAUUUGUUAUUCUUCGGGCUGGUGCUCAGCGCCUUGGGCUGCUUGGCGCUGGCCGAUCUGCGCGCUGAUCUGCGGGACUUCAUGGCUCUGGUGCCGCGACGUCGCAUUGGCUAUAUAGCCGCGCGCUACUAUAUAUUCGAUCCGCGGUUCCGCCAGGCCGUGGACUUUGUGCGCAGCGCGGAGUUCGCCCAGACCUGGCGGCAAAUGCGCAUGGCGCCCGAGUUUGCCGAUCUGAUCGACUAUGUGACGUCGUACGGCUCGGGCUACGACGUGACCAGCGUGGUGGACAAGCUGCCCAAUCGCCUGCGCGCCCUCCAGCUGUCGCGUGUCGUGCCCGUCGAGCUGAUGCUGCGCCGUGAUCUGACCACUUUUCUCCGUGAGGCCGUGCAGACUCUGCCCCGUGCCCAGUUCAACAGCCUGAUGACGCGCAAGGUGCGCGAGGGCGGCGACUUUGCCAAGCUCUACAGGGCGCUGCGCGACAACGAGUUCCGGCAGCUGGUGGAGACGGCUCGGCAUUCCAAGGACCUGCAGGCGCCACUGAACAAGCUGAGCCAAAAGCACAUCAAUGCGGACGAAAUCAUACAAAUCGUCUACGAGCUGAUAAGUUGGGGUCCGUCGGUUGCUCCGGGCAGCAAGUUAUAAUUAAGUAUUUAUGAAUUACCUUGAAGCACACGACUCAUUAAAUAACCCAGAACCCGACAAAACAUCGACACGCACACACACAGACAAAGAGGAAGAGCUCCAAGUUAAGAUGCUUACCCGAAAUACAAAAAAAAAAAAAAAAAACAUGCAAAAUACAGCUUAAGUGCUUUUCAAACCCAAAAUGCGACCGUGUCGGGGUCAGUUCCGCUACAACAAUUCAAAAAGCAACAAACAAGACACAGAAAAAAAGGGUUCACAAACCCAAAC